UCGUCAAUAGUUAUAGUGACAAGUGAUUGCUAAAAUUAUAUAUUUUUUAUCUUUAUAAAAAUAGUGUUAAGUUUUGAUAGAAGUAUUUAAAUAAUUAUGUUGGCAUGUUGUAUUCGGACAUAAUAGCGAUUCAGCGGACCUAGUGUCUAAGCAAAUUGACUAAAUUCUAGUGAUUUUUUAAUUUAUUAAUAAAAUAUGAAGCUUGUUUGUUAUUGUCUAAUAAAUGAGAAGUGGUGAUGUUUAUAUUAUAAAGAGUGUGUUGCAGGUUCUAAAUUGCUCAAUAUUUUUUAUUGCACAUAUCACGAGCAACAAAUACACACAAUGUAAUUUGUAAAAAAUUUUUUGAUUACACCGGUGUUAUGUUGCUUUCAGUGUCAAUGUAAAGAGGCUAAAAUCAUUAAAUAGCAGCAGAAAAAUUGCUUUAUGCUUUAAAUUAUGUAUAUCAAAAUAGUUUACAAUGGAAGAACAGGCGUGUCUGGUGCGAGCUCGCUCAGAUUCUGAGAAUUCAUCUAAGCUGGGCAGCUUCGGUUCAAUAUCGAGGACGAUGACAUACACCGACACCAGACUCGGUGUGUCAGGCACAGAGGGCGCGGGCGAGCCGGCAAGCACGAACAUGACACACAUGCCGCCUGAAAAUACAGAGGGCAAUGAGAGCGGUGAGCUCUUGGACUAUAAUGAUUCCAGUGUUCUGGAACAGUUCCACGAGGAUGCUAUACGACAGGCUGGGUGCGGUUUGUCCCAAGCUCGGGUUUAUUUGGCGGUUUGUUUGGCCAUCGCUGGCGCUUCCUUGGAGCUUGCCUCAAUAGCUUUCGUCUUGCCAUCAGCUGAGAUAGAGCUGUGUAUCUUGCCACAUGAGAAGAACUGGCUUGUGCUGAUCAGCAUAGUGGGCUGGUCUCUGGGUGGUGUUGGGUGGGGGGCGUUGGCCGAGCGUGGUGGGCGACGUCGCGCUCUCCACGCGGCUCUAGCUGUGAACGCUGUGUUCGCUGCUAUAGCUGCGUUCAUGCCCACGUAUGGGACAUUCAUGAUGGCGAGAUUCUGCUCAGCCCUCGGCUCGGGUGGUAUUAUCCCCACUGGGUUCACAUACUGCGGGGAGCUCUGCCCUCGUCAGUGCCGCACAUUGCUGCUAGCGUUGCUACCGGCUAGUAUGGGAGGGGGGAUUCUCCUGUCAGCUGGCCUCGCCAAACUAGUGCUGCCCUACAACGGCCAUGAUGCUCUCAUAGAGAAUAAAGAGCAUUUUAGUGCUUGGCAUCGGUAUCUGUUGGUAUGCACGAUCCCAAUCCUUGCAUCGCUGGUGAGUCUGAUAUGGACUCCGGAGUCGCCUCGUUACUUGUUGGACGUCGGCAGGGAUGUGGAUGCUAUGAUGGUCUAUCAGAACAUUCAAUCGGGUAAUCGGAAGCGUGCGUCUGACGCCGACUACAGGCUGAGUGAGCUGGCGCUGCCUUCCAAGAGACGGCCGCCAGCCCUCCAUCACGUCCGACAUGGUCUUAAGAUGUUCUGGCAGGCGUUCUUCCAGCUGUUCUCCAGCACUUACAGGAACACUACCAUCUCACUCACAGGGAUGCUGCUGUUCACCGUCGGCAUACAGUUCUAUCUAUCGGCCUACGUCCCGUCUACGGUGACCAAACUGGAGAACGAGGCCUACGAGCUAUCGAAACAGAGCUACGAGAACGUCAGCUACGAGGGCGUCCACUACAACGAGACGUUGGAGAACGUCAGCUACGAGGACGUCAGCUUCACGAACUGCACGUUCAGGGACAUGAUCAUGUCGCACGUCAGCUUCGUCAACUGCACCUUCGUCAACACCGCGCUCUCCAACAUCAAGACGUCCUUCGUCAUAUUCGACAACGCCUUGUUCGUCAACAGCACGAUCAUCGACACGGACAUGGAGACGGGUCGCGAGCUGGUCUCCUGCACCUUCAACACGACCACGGUGCGCGGCAUGACCGGCUCGUGUCCACGCCACGCCGAGCUCCGCUGGACCCAGCUGCCGAGGCUCAGGGAGAGGACGCUCGGGGCUCAUGCUGUACUGGCCGCUGCGCCGCCGCUCGCAGCCAGGGCUGCUCAUGGAUAUCCCGCGCACGCUAUAACGUGCUCGGUGCUGCUGCUGCUGUCGCCGGCGCUGUUCGUGUCGCCUCACGAGACCACCCUGUAUAUCAUAGAGGCUCUCUACGGGCUGCUCUCCACCAUCAUAUUCUUCAGCGUCGGUGUCAAGAUACUUGAGACGUAUCCCUCUAAUUUGAGGUGCACCGCCCACGGCCUGAUCCUGUCCGUGUCAUACAUCGCGGGCGCCGGCAUGCGCGGCGCUCCCGACCUGGGCCCGGCGUUCAGUUCCCUCCUCUGUGCAGUUUUCGCUGUCUGUGCCACUGUGUUCGCGAUACGAUUGAAAUAGACAACACUAGUGUCGUGUGCCGGCAGGGUAGUGUGUCGGGUCGACGGUGGCCGGUGUACGUGCGGGCACUGCGACCCGGGGACGUUCGGCUCUAGUGACAAACGCAGCCGUAACUCACAAACCGGAAGUCGAUAUUGUAUCGUUGCGACAGUGGCGACGGAAGCGUAGACUCGUAACUACAUGUAUCUUAGUAUAGGCCAUAGAAAUAUAUUCCUCGGAACUAGUUAAUCCAACAUAUGAGACUAAAUAUAAAAAAUGGACUGGCAAAAGACUAGAGUAUGAAGUAGCGUAUAGGAACCGCAAGAUGUAGCUGAGCGCGGGAAUAACGUUCACGAACACAAUAUAACUCAUAAACUUGUUCGUAUCCGUGCGAGCAGAACCGGGGAGCGAGCUUGUGUGUAUGAAAAAUGUACGAACAAACAAACAGCAGUCCUUAAUACGUAAGUACGUCUCGCCAGCAGCAGCGACGCCAAAGAGCUUUGACUGAAAAUUUUUGUUUGCGGAACAAUAAUAGGACCCACCGGAAAAAAAUUGCUCUAAAGGAUGUCAUCUGCGAGUUGUUAAGGAAUUUAUAUGCUGUAAUGUAAUCAUUAAAAACUUGUAUGUGGAUGAGCCGGAUGCUUUUCCUCGUUAUUUAGUGCCAUCGGUUCGAAACUGUAUCAUUAAUAGCGCAGCGCUAUUUAAAUAUAGAUUAUAACACACAGCGGCCGCAGUUCGGUUCGUUCUAGUCACAAGUCGUGAACCGUAACAAAUCCCUGAAGUGACUGGAGUUGAUGGGAGUUGGGGAAAGGAACCUGAUGAAGGAAUUGAAGAAUAGUGAUUAGUUGUAAUUAAUUUGGCAGCUGAAUUUGUAUAUAUAUAGGUAUAAAUAUAGUUUUUUUUUUUGUCGUAAUUUAGGCAACAAUCCUAUCAUAUAGACUUGUACGUAAAUAAAACGCAGCGUUGUGAAUUAUAAUAGGAAUCGGACAUUAAUUUUCUCUAUAUACAGACUCCGUGGUCGACAUCGGCUGUAUGGAUGAUUGAUUUGUGUCCAGAUUACAAAAAAAAAACAAAAUACAUUUAUGCAAUAACUCUGUACUUGUAAGAUGAUCCGUAAACGCUUUUCUCUAAGUCACAUUUAUUUUUUAUUCACAUUAAAUAGGUAAUCAAAAUUGCUGAGCAUAAUUCGAGCAUGUUUUUUUGAAUAUCAGUCGCUGAUGUAGAUAUUUCGGGAUGUAUGGAAUAAGUCUAUAUCCUUACAUCUCCGAGGACUGAGAGGUCACUAUAACUUUACUAGACUGAACUUUUCAUGUGGUUCUUGCCAGUUAUCAUGAGCUCUGAUACUUGGAGCCGAAUAAGGAAUUAUUUUAUAUACAAAAAAAAAUCAAUUGAACAUUGAAGCAUACUUUAGAAAUCAUAUAACUUAAAAUAAAAAAUAAUCGCUAGCAUUGAACCCGCUCCUACCGACACGUGCCACCCCAGGCGCUAUAACCACCGAGCUCUCGCGUCCUUACCUGAGCCAGUACACUACCUGUAUGUUGAUACAAACCCAAUCAUAUUCGUUGUAGUAAUUAUUAAAACUGACUUCCAACUCGCUAUUUACUCUCCACAUGUUAGUAUACCAUCCGCCCCUGGCGCCGCCUGUGCUUCCACGAGCCCACGUGUUCAGGUGUUUUUGUUUUCUCUCGAGCCCUAUCGAUGUGCGCGACCCAGCCAUAGCCUGACUUAUAUAAUCGUAUACACAUUUUUAAGGCAUAAUAUAAAGGGUGUUAUUUAAUUUGAUCUCAGGGAUUUUAAUUUUUAUUGUAUAUGGUAUAGGGUGUUCACGAAGCAAUACUCUGAAUUUUUUUUUAAUUUAAGCUAAGUGUCGAUUCCUUUAUGAGCUGUCAUAUAUAUGUUGCUUAGGGUUUUAUAUAUAUCACAUGACAUGACAUGACAUGAUAUAUGAUAUGAUAUGAUAUGAUAUGAUAUGAUAUGAUAUGAUAUGAUAUGAUAUGAUAUGAUAUGAUAUGAUAUGAUAUGAUAUGAUAUAUGAUAUAUGAUAUAUGAUAUAUGAUAUGAUAUAUGAUAUGAUAUGAUAUGAUAUGAUAUGAUAUGAUAUGAUAUGAUAUGAUAUGAUAUGAUAUGAUAUGAUAUGAUAUGAUAUGAUAUGAUAUGAUAUGAUAUGAUAUGAUAUGAUAUGAAAAUACGUAACGUAGUCAAUUUAAUGUUUUUUUUUAUUGAAAUGUACAAUGUUGCAUUAAAAUUAAUCAGUGUCAUAGAUGUAUUCAGAAUUGUAACUAUUUUAUUUCUUUAUUAGUUUUCUAUGAGAUUGUUUACUAUAUAUAGUGAAUCAACAGCUGUGUGCAUUUUUUAUAUCCAACAGAAUAUUAUUAAACGAAUUAUCUAUAUUGAAUUGAGAGCGACUAUAUUUCAGCUAUGUGGACACUAACUGAAUGAUCAAAUACUAGGAAAGAAGGAAAUGUUUAGAAAAUUAAUAUUUUAUUCCAAUCAUAAUAUUAUCUACUAACAAUGUGUUUUGUCUAAGUUAUACACAUAUUUAUCAUCUGUGUAGGCUCGGUGGCUCCUUGUAAGAAACUUUGUAUCGUUGUCAAUUGAUUGCUAAGUAUACUAUAUAUAUAUAGUAAUAUUUUAUUUGGCCAAAAUUCAUAUUUAAUUUAACACAACACAUUCCUUUUUGUUUUUUGUAUCAUAGCCACAGAUUAUAUUAAUCGAUAUUAAAGUCAAGUUUCAUAGACAGCACAGCUCUAUGUCCCGCGCUGUCGUCGCUGUGAUUACUAACAUAUUAUUUUACACAUAUCAAUAUAUUUUACUGUAUAGAUAUUUUUUUUUCUUUGUUUGUCAUAAUCAUGUCUUUUUUUUGUCCUUAAAUUUUUAUCAUUUGGACACGAUGAGCCGAAAUCUAUUUUGUAUUCGGCGCCAUUUAAUAAAUAAAUUAUUAAUGAAGUAA